UAGCCAUUUUUAAUUAGUUAAACGUCAUAUCACCGAUUAAUGAAAUAUGCUGAUGUGUUUCUUUCUAAUAUUUACUUUUACGGGCUUUAAAAAACAGUGAGAAUAAAAUGUAUUUUUGUCUAAGUAAAGUUGUUCUUUGAUUGUGUCAGGUAUCUGUUCAUUGUCAUGUAAAUUAAAAAGGUAACUGAUACAUAACGAAGUUCUUAUGUGCUGUUUUUGCCUAGUGACCUACAAAAAUGAAAAAGUUAUUUUCAAAAAUUGAAACAAAAAUUGAUAACACCUCAAAAGAAACAAAUAAUGUAAUUGGGAAGAUAUUUACUGUAGGAAGAAAUACAGUUACUGUUGAAGAAGUGCUAGCAGAAGGUGGUUUUGCUAUUGUAUAUUUAGUAAAAUCGAGUAGCGGAGUCCGAUAUGCUUUAAAACGAAUGUAUGUCAAUAAUGAGCAAGACUUAAAUGUUGCAAAACGUGAAAUACAAAUAACUAGUAAUUUAAGUGGCCAUAAAAAUAUAAUUGGCUAUGUAGACUCAAGUAUUACUGAAAUGGGUGGAGGAGUAUAUGAAGUUUUGCUGUUGAUGCCUUAUUGUCAAAAUAAUGUAUUGGGACUUAUGAAAGCCAAAGGAAAAGCAACAUUUACAGAACAAGAAGUGCUGUCUAUUUUUUGUGAUACCUGUGAGGCAGUUUCUCGAUUGCAUCAUUGUCAGACACCUAUUAUGCAUAGAGACUUGAAAGUAGAAAAUAUAUUAGUUGGUGAGAAUGGUAAUUAUGUAAUAUGUGAUUUUGGUUCAGCUACAGGUCGUGUACUAAACCCCUCUAGCCAUGGAGUAACUGCUGUUGAAGAUGAAAUUAAAAGGUAUACAACUCUCAGCUAUAGGGCACCAGAGAUGGUUGAUAUGUAUUGUGGUAAACCUAUUACAACAAAAUCUGAUAUUUGGGCUUUAGGUUGCUUACUUUAUAAACUAUGUUUCUUUACAUUGCCAUUUGGUGAAAGCAUGCUAGCUAUCCAAAGUGGAAAUUUUUGCAUUCCUGAUCAUUCGCAGUAUUCAAAGGGUUUACAUCAAUUAAUUCGUUACAUGUUAGAGCCUGAUUGUGACAAAAGGCCUGACAUAUACCAAGUUUCUAGUAUUUCAUUCCAGUUGUUAGGGAGAGAUAAUCCAGUACAAAAUCUGCAUAGCGUCCCUACACCGUCUUUAGACGACUUACCAAUUCCAUUGUAUGAGUCAGAAUCUAAGAAGAUAUCUAUUUCUCAGGCAAGGACGCCUAGCAAAGUUUCAGCCCCUGUCCUUGUGGAGGGCACUAGUGUAAUGCCACGUCAAAGGCCGAAAGGCAGUAGUGGUACCACGCCCCUAAAUAUCCCUCUGACAAUUAAUCCGAGUCCUACCAACGUUAAAAAGUCGCAGAGUCCUGUGAUACCUAGUGAUAGUUUUCAUUCUGCCAAAGUUAAGACCAGCAACUUCUCAAAUAGUUCUGCCUUUCCUCCACCUCCACCUCCAUUGCAAGAUACUGAAAAUUUUAAUGUUGUCACCUUUCCAAGUGGAACUAUUCAACCGUUUGCAGAAAAACAAUUGGAUAACUUGUUUCAGUCUUCUAUGUAUCCCGAUCCUUUCGUAGACGAAGGAAGUUACUCCGAAGUGUCUGUUUACAGGGUAGAAAAUAAAGAAAUUACGGGAGUGAAGGUUGUUUCUCCUGUUGGAACUGAAACGGCUACUCUAUUGGGUGCAAGGAGUUAUGGAAUUUCGCAGGUAAAAGCGGGUUUGGCAGAGUCUACCAGCCAGUGUACUGUUGCAUCAAAAGGAAGUCCUCCAGAUUCACCCACCUUAUCUGUACCCAAAGGACAUCGAAGAAAUAUGAGCGACACGACGGCUUUUAACAAAGUUUAUGCUACCGAAACGUCUCAGUUUUUGGCCCCAUUUGAGUCGUCUAUAAAGCCUAAAAGUAGUACUUCUUCCGAUUCAUCUGAGGACGUUCAUAAGGUGCCCUAUCAGCCCGGUUGUUCAACAUCGAACGUAGACAUUUCACAUUCCGUUGGACCUGACAAUAGGUCUUUGUCAGCAGAUGUGGCCGAUUGGAAUCCUUUCGAGGAGCCUCCGUUUAGCAAAAUGACUGAAGACCACAUUUUCGGACAGGAAUUCGACAAAAUAAGAAAAGGCAGCCAAACAAGUAUUCAAGGGGUGAAGUCUCGUGAAAGCUUGGUAAUGUCGAUCUCCGAAGAUCCUUUUAGUUCUGCCCCUUUCAGUUUUCCGGUGAAGUCCCGCGAUCGCGGGAAAACAAUCUUACAAUCCUCAGCAAUAAAGAAGUUGGUGUCAAAUUGUAAUCAAGAUCAAACUGGAAAAAAAGUAUUUAAAGCAGUAUCCUACGUACUGGAUGGUACAGUGCCACUGUUGGAUUCUGUUGAACCAGCACUAGAACCAGUGACUACUUCGGUAACUUUUCUUAGGGCACCCAUAGAAGACCGGUCGAAAUACGAGAAAUUGUUACAGAAUGAUUGCGAUGUCACAUCCGGAGACACUUCAGAUGAAGAAACGAAAAUCAAACAGGAAAAAAUUAAAAAGAAACGCUACAUCAAGAAUCUCCCCGAAAAGCUCCACAUGGUUUAUAAAAACGUUGAAAUCGCAAAGAUUCGGCAUAUUAAGGAUUCCAAUCAAAAGAACACCAAAGAGGGAAAAGCGUCGAAUAAGGGUAAUCUUCAAUUUCAAGAAACCCGAGAAACGAAAGUGGAUUCUGACGAUUCAAUAGGUUCUGCGAGUGAUUUGCGUAUUGAUGAAGAUACUGCCGAUCCCGCCCCUGAUCAAACAGAUGGUGUUAGUGAGACCAUAAGUGAAAGUAUAAAGACUUGCGGAUCCUCAGCUUAUCAUGCCGAAUGUGAAAGUAUGGCUACCCAUGAAGAAGAUGCAAGAAGUAGAAUGGUACGAAUUAAAGAGCAUCAUGAGAAAGAAGAACAAGAAGAAAAUCAAAUAGAAGACGCUCAUUUUAUAGGACAUCAAUACGGGGAAAAACCGUUGCUUUUAGACGAUGAGUUGGAUUCUGAAUGUGAUAAUAAAGUGGCAACAUUGUGGCCAGAGAAAACGUCUAAACCAGAAGACUUAUGGAUAGAACCAAAAAGUAGUUUCGAAGAUUCAGAUGACGUUUUUUCUUCCGCUCCAUUUAAUAAAAACGCCUAUAAAUUGAAAGAAAAAAGAAAGGCUGAUUUAGAUCAAAAGAAAACACUCGAUAAACCAAUUGAUGUUUCUUGUAACGUUGUUCAGAACAAUAAUGUUCUUAAUGAACCUGUUACAAUUGAACGUGUUCCUCAGUCCACUCCUGUAAAAACUAUUAACAACGGUGUGGUACGUAGUCUACCUAAAGCGCAUUCAAAUCCAUUUCUGGAUACUCACUUUUUUCAAAAUUCAAUGAAAACUAGCAGUUCCAAUUUUGAAAGAGGAUUUUACGCUCACGGUAAUGAAGCAUCCCAUGUCAAUGUAUACUCUAACGAUAUCACCCAACAACAAUGUAUAUCGAACGAUAACAGCAAUUUUUUUAAUCUUUCAAAGAACGCGGAUUUCAGUUCUGAAUUAACUUUACAAUCGUUUGAGUUUAGCCGUCCAAAACAAAUUGAAAAUUUAUCUAAUAUUUCAACAGAAUACCAAUUUUCAAGUUUAAAUAACUCACAUUCAUUGGGUGCGAUUGCGGAUAUGAUAAAUUCAAGUCAAUUUUCUUCAUAUGAUAUAAAUAAUGAUAAUUCCCCCGAUCAGUACAGUGACCAUCCAAUCAUAAAGGUUUCUGAAGUUCAAAAGAACAAGAAACAUGGACGAAAAGAGUCAAAAUAUCAUCUUAUUGAUAAGCUCAAUUCUGAUGACAGUUCUGGUUUGGAGUUGGGAAAAAAUAAGAAUCACAAAAAUGCUGUUCAUAAGAAGAGCGGCAAAAGCAAGAAAAUAAGUAGCAAAAUAAAAUUGCAGGCUGGAUUUAGUAACAAGAGUUUCGAAGAUUAUCCUUCAGAUGAAGGAGAGGUCAGAUAUACAACAAUUCCUUUCGAAGUUUUAAGAAAUUCCAGUCAGAAUGAUAAGAAAAGUAAUAGUUUAAAAAGGGUCAAUAAUCCAUUUUCAUGAAGAAGGCUUCCUUAUUUUAAAUCGGAAAUAGAGUUUGGAAGAAUUUGAUAUCUUAAUACUUUUAUACACGAAUGAAUGGAAAUUUUUGGAACGGUAUAAAGAUUAUCGUACAGGGAAUUUAAUCUUUAAUAAUUAAAAACAUAACGAUAGAGAAGGAUCUAGUGCCUAAAUAUUUCUUAAUAGAUUCAGUAUUAUGCACAGAUGGUUUGUUUUAAAUUAAAGCAACAUACAGAAAGAUUACUUAUAAUUCGCGUUUUAAAAUUUUUGAAAGAGAAUUAAUUUUUUAUUAUGGUUACAAUUUUUUUUUUUAAUUUUAUUUUCUUUAACAGUUUAACUGCAACUGAACUGAAGUUUGUAAUUUUGGUUGUUUUUAAAAACACAUUCAACACAGUUUAAGUAGUAAAUAAUUUUAAGUUUUAAUUUCCAAGGUAUUAAAUAAAAAAUGCUUGUAAUAAACUGAGCAGUAGACUGAUUUUUUACACCCUCAUAUAAUCUUAAAAGAAGACAUAAGUUUUGAAGGAAUUCCUUUUUUAUUCAAAUUUAUCAUUUCUUUUCGGUCUUUUUACAUGUUAUUUUUCUUUUUCAUAUUAUUACCUAAUGUGAUUCAUAUCGCAGCUAUUAGAAGUUAAAUUAGAUCUGAUAUACACAUUAAUAGAGUAGUUUUAAUAAUUGUGAUUAUAUGUAUCAGUUUCUUUACUAGCACAGGAUAUUUCCUUUUUUUAUAAAUAUUACUUUUUAACUUUUUUUUGUAAAUGUUUUACUGUAAAUUUUCAUAGAACUGUAAAUGCAUUUUGUUGCAGGUAUUUAUUUUUUUUGCAUGCAAUUAUUGCUGCGCAGAAUAUUGUAUAAAAUCAUUUUAACGUAGAUUCGUUAUUUAUCCUUAUUUUGAGUUGUAUUCUUGCUCGAUAAGAAGUAAUACUGUUAAAAUGUUAUUUUUCUCUUUGGUGCUGUUUGUAGAUAGAUCAGGAAUUAAAUUAUGACAUCGAAAGAACAGCUUAACACUUAUUAUAGGUGUAGAAUAUAGACUGAAAUAUGCGAUUUAAUUGAUAAUUUAUUAUUUUCAGUUGUUCAUUCAAAGUAUUUAUAAAAAUGUACAUUGUAAACAUUCCUUUAUAAUAUUUAAUUAAUAGGCAAUAUUUUUUUGCACUUGUGUAUUUAUAAUGCCAAUAUGUAAUUUUAUAGAAAAAUAUAUUUUGUUGGUUACCAGUUAAUAAUUUAUUUUACUGUUUAAA